AUGGCGGCCCUCCAGGCCGCGCAGCAGGAGCUGGAGGAAGCCGACCUCACGGACCUGGCGCGAGCCUACCUGCAACUCCGGCCGCCAGGCCCCGGCCUCCGGCAGCUGCAGUAUAUAGGGCAGCCGCAGCAGCUGCGCCUGGAGCAGCUGCAGCAGCAGCUGCAGCAGCUGCAGCAGCUGCAGCAGGAGCAGGAGCAGGAGCAGGAGCAGGAGCAGGAGCAGGAGCAGGAGCAGGAGCAGCAGCUGGCGCAGCAGCUGCAGCAGCAGGAGCAGCAGCUGGAGCAGCAGCUGCAGCAGCACGAGCAGCAGCUGCAGCAGCAGCUGGAGCAGCAGCUGCAGCAGCAGCUGGAGCAGCAGCUGCAGCAGCAGGAGAAACAGCAGCAGCAGGAGAAAAAAGAGCAGCAGGAGAAACAGCAGCAGCAGGAGAAACAGCAGCAGCAGCAGCAGCAGGUGGUGCUGCAGCUCCAUGCGUUGGAGAAGGCCCUCAUUCAGGCCGGAAAGGAGCGCCUGCAGCUCCAGCAGCAGCUCGCCGCCGUCAUUCUCAAGGCGGAGAAGUUCAAGGCGCACUCGGAGGAGCAGCAACACGUCUUGGCGAAGAAGUUGAAGCAGGCGCUGGCCAAGAAGCACGAGCACCACAACGACCUGAACAGCGCGCGGUCCAAGCUUGGGGUGGUGGACAACCUUGAGCGGCAGAUGGACGCCAUGCGGGCGGCCAGGGACAGGCAGAACGAGAAGAUGAUCCUGACAAAGGCCAAGCUGGCCAAGGCAGAGGCGGGCUGGCAGGCUGCUGAGGCGCAGAUAGCAGCUCUUAGGGGCACGAACGAGCUGUGGGAGGUGGCGGCGGCCCAGCUGCGGCAGGAGCUUGCAGACUGCCAGUGCAAGCUGCAGUCAGAGGAGGAGGCCCACAAGAGGGCCAGGGCAGAGGUUGCCGCCCUCACAGCCGCGGCACAGCAGAGCCAAGCCACGGCGCAGCGCGCCCACCAGGAGCUUGCGGCCAGCCAGCACCAGGCCAAGACUGGGGUGGAGGAGAACGGCCGCAAGGCCGCCGAGGCAGAGGUGGCCGGCCCCAGGGCAGGCCUGAAGCAGGCGGGGGCGGCGCUGACCAUUCGGGAUCAGCUCGCCGCAACGGCGGCUAAGGCCACGCGGGAGGAGGAGAGCCGCAAGGCCGCAGAGAGCAACGCUAGAGUGCCCGAGGCCGAGGCUGCGGAUUACAAGCGCUCUGCCGAGGUGAGCAAGGCGGUCGCCCGCGGCAUGCGCCAAGAGCCAGGACAUAAUCACGUGGCUCAGGACAGCACUGCAGGUUGA